UAUCACGUCUGUUGGGCGGCCAGGUAUAACGUGACCGCGGCUACCACGUCUGGUGGAGCGACGGCGCCCUCAGACUCCAUUCUGUUACAUUCGAUUCACGUCGCCGACCUAUAUCUAGACAUAUCGCACUUGAAUUCUCCAGAUGAGGUGGGCCUUGGCAUUGGCUUAGGCUCUUUCGAGCGCUUCUCGAGCGCGCCAACCAAGGAAGUUUUUGUGAGUUCUACCAAUUUUCUAGUCGAAUGGAGUGUCAGUAGUGGUCCG